AAACUCUAUUUUUUGGCACUAACCUAUCAAGUUUCAAUUUACUAUGCACCUCUUUUUUCAAAAUAUAUAUUAGAAUGUUGAUGAUAAAAAUCAUGCUCUUUUCUAAAUGCUCUUUUCUGAAUUUGCUUUUUUCUAAAUGCUCUUUUCUAACAUACAUUACCUUAUUAAGUAAUGAAUAGUGAGGAAUUAAAACUAAUUAUCUUAUUAAAACUAUAUGCAAAAUAUUAUGUUAAUUAUAAUAUUUUAUUUUCAUGAUGUUUAACAGAUGAAUAGUGAGGAAUAUUAUGAAUCUCUAUUUUUAGAUGCUACACAAAAUAGAUCCAAUUAUGGAGAAGAGUCAGAAUAUCCCUCAAGUGAUAUUGGGAUAAAUCAAAGUACAGAUUUUUGUUCUUUCAUGCAUGAACAAAGCCAACAAGAAAAGAAUUUUAUUAGUCAAUGCAGCAUGAAAACAUCACAUCAUGAGCCAUUUAUUGGACAACUUCUUCAUGAUGAAGAAGAAGUAAAGAGAUUUUAUAAUUUAUAUGCCUAUAAAACUGGCUUUAGCAUAAGAAAAGCUACCCACUACAAAGCCAAAAAAAAAGAUAAUAUAGUUACAGCUUUGCACUAUGUUUGUUCUAAAGAAGGGCAGAGCAAACCAAAAGUUCGGGAUCAAGAGAAUAAAGGGACACCAAAAAAACAGAUGCAGUAUACUCGAACAGGUUGUAAGGCACAUAUGAGGGUAAAAAGGACAAAUGAUGGCAAGUGGGAAGUUGUUGUAUUUGUGAGGGAACAUAACCAUGCUUUAGUUGCAAGUCCCUCUAAAGCCCGUUUUCUUCGGUCUCAUCGUUUAAUAACAGCCGAAAAAAAAAAAUAAUUCAUAUGUUGAGUGAGCAGAAUAUCUCAACAAGUCAAAUUAUGUCAUUUAUGGCAGAAAGAGAAGGAGGAGCAUAGAAUAUUAACUUCACUAGAAAGGACCUAAGCAAUGAGAUUUCUGAAAGGAAUCGAAGAUUUAAAGGGAUUGAUAUAUCCAGUACCAUCAAUUAUUUUCGUGAGCGUCAAGCUAGAGAUCCUUCUUUUUUUUAUGCUAUUGAGGUUGAUGAGCAAAACAUGGUACGCAACGUAUUUUGGAUAGAUGGGCGAUCGAGAAUGGCAUAUCAAAAUUUUGGUGAUGUUGUUACUUUUGAUACAACAUAUAUGACAAAUAAAUAUUCCAUGCCUUUCGCUCCGUUCAUUGGAAUAAAUCAUCACCGUCACUCGGUAUUUUUCGGUUGUGCUCUUACUAGGGAUGAAACUUUCAAUACUUUUGUUUGGUUAUUUAGAACUUGGCUUCAAGCAGUUUAUGAGAAACACCCUAUAUCAAUCAUAACUGAUCAAGAUCCAGCUAUGAGAAAAGCAAUCGAGCAAGUUUUUCCAAACACAGUGCAUAGAUGUUGUCAGUGGCACAUUAUGAGGAAAGCGCGAGAACAUUUUGGUAUCCUUUAUAGCACAAAGGAAGGUUUUAAAAAAGAGUUAUUUUCAUGCAUUAAUGAUAGCAUAACGGUCGAAGAGUUUGAAAGUAGAUGGCUUAUAAUGAUUGAAAAAUAUGGAUUGCAAGAAAACAAUCACCUACAUGUUAUGUGGAAUGCUCGGCAUUAAUGGGUAUCUACUUACUUUCGAGAUACAUUUUUUGCUGAAAUGACCACUUCGCAACGUAGUGAGAGUAUGAAUGCUGUAACGAAAAUGUUCAUGGAUAAUCAUACAUCAGUAUGCAAGCUUGUAAUACAAUUUGAAAAGGUGGUUAGUAGUCGCUAUAAUAAGGAGGAUGAAGCAGACUUUAGGUCGAGAGAUGGUGAAUCUAGUUUAUGGUCACAUAAUCCCAUUGAAGUACAAGCUCGUAGUGUGUACACAAAACGAGUAUUCUCAGAAUUUAAGAAUCAAUUUCGAUGUACAACAGGAUAUGAUUUGACGGAGUUGGAGAACAAUUGCUAUAAGAUUAGCACAAUACAACACUCUACCUUACCCGCCCAAGGUAUAAACUCAUUUAUAGUUACUUCAAGUCCAUCUAUGGAGAAAGUUAAUUGCAGUUGCAAAUUUUUUGAAUUUAGUGGCCUUUUAUGUUCACAUGCAUUAAAAGUUAUGCUUCACGUUCGAAUGCAUGAGAUUCCCUCCCACUAUAUUAUAAAACGGUGGACUAAAGAUGCAAAAAAAGGGUCCUCAAGUAUUAAUUUUCCAAGUAUGUUAACAGGUGACUCCUCAAAUGCAAAAGGAGCAAGACUUAAUGCACUUACACUAAAAAUACAACAACUUUUAUUUGAGGCAUCCAAGACUUUUGAAAAUUAUGAAAUGACUUGUGAGAAAAUCGAAAAACUUGUUGAUGAGAAUAUCAAGCUCUAUGAAUCUUUGAAAGAGAAACAAGAUCAAAGUGAAAAUAUUGUGGAGCAUCACACGGCUUCUAUAUUUUCACAAUCAAGUAGUGUUGGGUUUGUCAAGUUGAAGGAUCCUCCGCAAUCCCAAUGUAAAGGAAAAAGAAAGCCACAAAGAUAUAAGCCUUCAGCUGAAAAUGCAGUGAAAAAAGCUAGAACAUGCCAACACUGUAAAAAGAAAGGACACAAUAUCCGAACUUGCAGGGAGCUUUUAUCUGGAGGAAAAAGAUCGUGAUGCAACUAUUGAAGAGAGCGAUAAGAUUUCGUGAGCGUUCUUCAUGGUGGAGAUGUUGUUAUGUGUGCAUUUGAUGUUCUUAUGUGUACUUUUGAUGUUGUUAUGUGUGCUUUUGAUGUUGUUAUGUGUGCUUUUCAAGUCAUCAUGCUUUAUUUGUUCGAAGGAAGCAUAACUUCCAAUACUGAUACUGGGGUUUGUUAUGUGUUUGAUCCUGCUAUAUGUUUGAUCCUACUGGGAAGUUGUUUGCAUGUUAUGUAUUUGAU